AUGGGUAAGGCCAAGAAGACAAGAAAGUUUGGACUAGUAAAACGUACAUUAAACGCAAAGAAGGACCAACGUUUAAAGGCCAACCAGGAUAAACUGAUAGAGAAGGACGAUCCGGAACUCACGAGGAACGUCCCACAAGUAUCCAGUGCUCUGUUCUUCCAAUAUAAUGAAGCCAUCAAACCUCCCUAUCAAGUAUUGAUCGAUACAAAUUUUAUCAAUUUUUCCAUUCAAAAGAAAAUUGAUUUGGUCAAGGGGAUGAUGGACUGUCUCUUAGCCAAAUGUAAUCCUUUGAUUACAGACUGUGUUAUGGCGGAACUGGAAAAAUUGGGACCUAAGUAUCGUAUUGCCUUGAGACUUGCUCGUGAUCCUAGAAUAAAGAGGCUAAGUUGCUCUCACAAGGGGACAUACGCGGAUGACUGCAUUGUUAAUAGAGUGUUACAACAUAAAUGUUUCAUCGUGGCUACAAAUGAUGCUGGGUUGAAGCAAAGAGUGAGAAAGAUCCCAGGGAUUCCAUUAAUGAGUGUUGGUGGACACUCAUAUGUCAUUGAAAAAUUACCAGACGUCUUCUGA